AGCCCCACAGUGAGCAAUGCUGGCCUUCCUCAUCCCCAUCCUCAUCCUCGCCACGGGGCUGGUGCGUGUCCAUGCCACCGAGUCCCCCACCUGCGUCCCGCUCGUCCCCGCCGUCAUGGACAACGCAACGGUGGCCAGGCUGCUGGGGCACUGGGUGUACAUCAUGGGUGCCUCCCAGUACCCCCCGCACAUGGCUGAGAUGAAGGAGCUGAAGUACGCGACCUUCACUCUCUUCCCUGGCAGCCACGAGGAUGUGUUCAAUGUGACGGAAAUCAUGAGGCUGAACGAGACAUGCGUGGUGAGGAACAGCAGCAAGAUCCACGUCUUCCGGCACAACUCCACCCUGGUGCACGAGGAGGGGCAGGAGCUGUCCAUGGCCGAGCUGAUCCAUAGCGACAAGGACCUGUUCAUCCUGAAGCACUUCAAGGAUAACCACGUGGGCCUGAGCCUCUCGGCGCGGACGCCCAACGUGACCAAGGAGCAGCUAGAGGAAUUCGAAGCCCAGCUGCGCUGCCACGGCUUCAAGCUGGAGGAGGCAUUCGUCACCUCCAACAAGGACGCCUGCCCUGCAGCCGGCGAGGAGAGGGGCGAAGGAAGCACAGCCACCGCAGAGCCACGGCUGGGGUGAGCCCACGUCCCCCCCAGAGCUCAGCUCCACGUUGGGACGCCCCGACGAGGAUUUAUGUCUUCCAACGAGGACUUGCACCGUGCCCUUCCCAGAAGGAAUUUGCUGCUUUUCUGUUCUCAC